GCAUUUCUUUAAAGAUUUCUUGAAAGCAUUCAACAUUAAAAAUACUUUCUAGUGACAUUGUCGGUUUCGCUUGGUUGUACCAAGGGCUAGGUCAGUUAUCAGCGUUGGUAGUCCAAGAGAGAUGAAACCUUGAACGCUACCAUUGCGAGACCGAGUAACCAACGAUGUGAAGUUAUAUAAACAACGGAAUUCAGCUGUUCCGACAGUUCACGAUCGGCGUAUCAGCGUGCAUAUUCGGUGUGUGUUCGUAUGCUUCGGUAACGUGGCUAUUCAAAAUAAGAACAUAAACAUUUUUUUGAUUAAAAAUGAUUGAAAAUUGUGGUGUAGUUUUGCAAGCAUUUUUAGGUACACUUUUUACAUGGGGCCUUACUGCUACAGGUGCCUCAGUUGUCGUAUUUAUUCGAGGAUCACAGAGAAAAUUACUUGACGCCAGUUUAGGAUUUGCUGCUGGUGUUAUGGUAGCAGCUUCUUUCUGGUCUUUAUUAUCUCCUGCAAUUGAAAUGGCUGAGGAGUCAAAAUUGUAUGGUGAAAAUGGGCAAUUUGCUUUCAUACCUGUUGGAAUAGGUUUUCUACUUGGUGCUCUUUUUGUAUAUGGAGCUGAUGUUUUCAUUACAGCCAUUGGAAUAACUUCACCUAGCACAAUGUUAGCUUUACUAUCUGCAAAAGGCCUGAAAGAAAAGAGAGAGGAUGAUGACAAUUUUACAGUUUUAUCACAUUUAUCUACAGUGGACACAACCAAGGGUGACGAAAUAAGCCAGUGUAGUAUCAACAUGCAAUACCGUAAACGAGGCCGUUCGGGUAGCAUCGCAAUGCGCACCGAAGAAAUGGUACAAGCACGCACAUAUGAAGACGUCACACCCUUGCAAGAAUCAAAGAACAGUCAAUGGAAAAGGAUAAUGCUGAUGGUCGUCGCAAUCACAGUUCACAACAUACCCGAAGGAUUAGCUGUCGGCGUGGGAUUUGGAGCAAUCGGAAGUAGCCCAUCUGCCACGUUUGAAUCGGCAAGAAAUUUGGCUAUUGGCAUUGGAAUUCAGAAUUUCCCUGAAGGUUUAGCUGUUAGUCUUCCACUUCAUGCAGCUGGAUAUUCUACGUGGAGAAGUUUAUGGUAUGGGCAACUCAGUGGUAUGGUAGAGCCUCUGUUUGGUGUUUUAGGUGCCUUGACAGUGUCUCUGGUCCAGCCAGUUCUUCCGUAUGCCCUAGCUUUUGCGGCAGGUGCCAUGAUAUACGUGGUCGUAGACGAUAUUAUACCAGAAGCCAUCACGCACGGUAAUGGAAAAUUGGCGUCCUGGUCUACAAUUGUAGGAUUUUUAGUGAUGAUGACGUUAGACGUAGGAUUAGGCUAAAUCCGGUAUUAAAAAUGACGACCCACAUUUUACUCAAUUAAGUAGAUUUUCAAUAGUAGUUUUCAUUUUUAAUUUGUCGACUUUCAUUAAUUAUUAUCAUUACAUCAGAAAUUAAUUUUAUUAUAUUAUGAUUAUUGUGUUUCGAACCAAAAUUCUAUACGGUUAAUAAGCCGUACAUUUUUUAAUUGAUUGUUUUCAUAUUUUGACCGUACUUACUUACUUUUUCAAAAUGAGAAAGUUUUAUUUAUUUUUCUUUUGCUUAUUUCCUGGAUUUGCGUUGGCAAAAAAAAUUGUUUAAACACUUGUAAAUACUACGCAGUAUCAUACGUAAUAUAGGCAAAUAACUUAAUAAAUGAAAAUAUUCUGUGAUAUCAUAUAGCAGUUGUGAAUAAUAUUUAUAGUAGAAGACAUUCAAUUAUUUACAAAAACAUCGAUUAUACAUAAAUAGGAAAAAGUUAGUGGUGGUAACGUAGAAAUAUGACCAGGAAAUAUUCCGUGCAGUUUACCUACAGGUAGAUAUACCUACACAGGGUGUCUCAAAAACCAUUAAUUUCACCCUCGUUUAAAACCACGAUAGCAUAAGACAUUGUAGAAAUAAUUCAUCCAUGCGAAAUUGCAUAUGUCUCAUGUUAGCGUGCUUCUAGACGUACUUGUAUUGCCUAUUACCCUAUUGGUACUUUUUUCGUGGGAUAUCCUGUAACAAUCGGCAAGUACGUAGCUGUUAGAAAAAAAAAUGUUUCAUAAAGGUAAACUGCUUAAAUACUUAAUAAUUUAUUUUAAUUUUAAAGUACGAUGCCAUAUUGAGGUUGUAUAUAUACACUAUACAUGUAUAUAUGUAAGUGUCAAAACUAAUAAUAGGCAUUUUGUUAACCUACUCGCCAUUUUAGACAUCCAAUAAUGUAAAUGUACCCACUUUAAUUUAUUAUAAUGUACAAAGUUAUUAGUUGAUCCAAAGAAACAAUGCGCAAUAAUCUUUUUUCAUUUUGAUGUGAUACUUUGUAUUCGAUUAAGGACGAACAAGGAUAAAAUACAAUAUAUGUAUGAGUAUGGACUUUAUAAACUUCGAUUCAAAAUAUAUUUUUAAGGGAUCUAAAUUAAAAUCUA